AUGAUAAAUGUGAAAUUAAUUGUAUUGGUAAUUUGUAUCGAUAUAGUUUUUGGAAAUACUUAUUGUGAAAUAUGUUCCAAUCAUACACUCUGUAAAUACACAAUGCCAGGCCCUGCUGUUUCCUGUCAACUAUAUGACAACUCAGCAGUUCUAUCUGAUAUUGAUAUCGGAGCUAUUAUCAACAAACUAAAUGAACGAAGAAACUAUGUGGCGAUGGGUUAUUCUAAAUUUCUUCCGGCUGCAGCUAACAUGAGAAAGAUUCGUUGGUCUGAAGAAUUAGCUACGUUUGCACAGAGGUGGGCGGACCAAUGUGAUCAAUCUAUGUGGCCGGACCAGGAAGAUCAGUGUCGAAAUACAAAAGCUGAAGCCGUGAGUCAAAAUAUAGCCACCAUCGUUGGCGUGUCAUCACCCUUCAAUGUGAAGAGCUUCAUUGACACCUGGUUCAUCAGGAUCCUCGAUUACUCCGGCAGUGUCACCUAUUAUAAUCAAUCACGGGACAGCAAGACAAAGCACUUCACCCAAAUAAUCUGGGCUAACACCAGCUUAGUUGGUUGCGGUAGAGCAAGAUUUUAUAUGGACCACAAAAACUCAAUGGCCGAUCGUCUGGUUUGCAACUUUUCACCGCAGGGUAAUGUGCAUGGGAAACCAGUUUACACGAUCGGAAUACCUGCUACCCAAUGUCCAGAUAACACAGUACCCGAUGAUGAUUUCAGAGGAUUAUGCCGGUACAUCCAGAGGAAUGACGAUGAUACGACCUUCCUGACUGAUAAUGAAUUAUCAGUUACGACAACAAGUCCAAAAGUGAGCAGUUUACUCAGGAUACUGAAUCUUUCAAACAGUUCAAAACAAGCCAUAGAUCCCAUACGAAAUACAUUGAAGCCUGCCAAACCAAACGCAAACAUGACCGUUGAACAACGGUAUCAGAAAAUAAGACAUAUAGAAAAUUAUACUUACGGUGGUCUUGAUGUUGGCGAAAACCAAUUUAAUGUGAAUCCUUCACAAUAUCCGAAUUUUAAAUAUAACCAAAAUCUGAUGCCUGUAACUUCAGACCUGGGCCAAGGUAAUCAUCAUCAAGAAAGAGGUCACUCCCGUGUCUAUCAUGGCCAUCAUUUGCAUAAAUUUGAACAAAUAACAACUACGGAAACUACAUAUCGAGGAUUUCGCAGAUUCAGUUUUAUGAGUGAAACCGUAGAUGUAGAUAACAAUCCAGAUUACAGAAAAUACUACAGAAAUUUUCAGUGUACUCGUAAAGAGGCUAUAACACCAUGUAAUACUGAAAGGUACUAUCCGAAAGUGCAGUGUACGAGAGGCCCACGCAAUAACUGCGAUCAGACACAACCAUCUAAUCAGUAUCAAGGGGACUUACAUCGAGAACAUUGUCCUUGUAAUAUACAAAAGUCAUCUUGUUCUACUCCUGUACCUAUAAUUCCUACCAAAUGUAUGUGUAACGUUAACUGUCGGUGUCCAAAUAUAAAUUAUCCAACAACAAGGUGUCCGGAUAAUUUACGAAUGCAACAAACGUUUAUGGACGAAACAAGAAAAUCUGCAACUAACUCUGAUUACUACGAUCACUUUGCAAAUAUUGGUAUUCGGAAUGGAGAAAAAAAUAUUGGAAACCGUAAUAACUUUAAAAAAUCAUUGAAUCUUAAUAACCUUUGGGAAUUUAUGAACUUAGAAUCUAUCCAAAGUGAAGGCCGUCCAAUGUAUACCAAGAAGUAUUAUCAUGGUGAUAGUAAAAGGGUAAAUGACUAUAAAGAUUCAUACGACGAUAAUACAGAACACAAAUACAAAAAGCCCGACCAGUAUCCAAGACACAGGCGUGACUUAACAGAAGAAUUAACUUUAAAACCCUUUUGGCAAAUGGAUGAAUCAUCACCAAAAAGUAUCCCUGAAUUGAAAUCAUUGAGAUAUACAACAUUAUCAAAUAGAAGAAAUAAAGUUAGUUACAGGAAACCGCUUACUAUAACAGAGUCAAUAACUAUAAGAUUGAGUGGCAGCAAUGAAUUAAAUAGAAAAAUAGUUACAGAAAAAUAUUUAUCGUUUGAUGAAUUAAUGCAUCUAAGAAAGUUUGGUGAAGCAGAAAUGGAUGUAUAUGGAGCGCGGAGGACAACAAAAAAAGCAGCAGCAACUACUAAACCUCCGGCAGGAACCACAAAGCCAACAGUAAAAACUACUGCCAAAGCGGGAGCGACUACGAAAGCUACAGUAAAAACAACUGCUAAAACCAGCGAAAUAACUGCAAAUACGCCAUUUGAACGAAAAAAACAUUGCACCCGAAAGUUGACUUGUACUUGGACAGCACCUACUGUAACUGGAGCUGAUGGGUCAGUUAUUGGAGGAAUGGAGCUAGAAGUAGGUUCAUUAACUCCAUCAGGUUAUGUUGACGGAUGUACUCGUACUUCAACGUGCACUAGAGUUUUCAUGAAUAGAAAUAAAUUUGCUACAAUAGGCAUAGGUGACGAUGAUCAUGGCGAAGAAGGUUCCGGAGAAGAACUUUCACCACAUGGAGAUGAAGAUUACUGUGAAAAACGUGCACUUGACAUUCGCCGAAGAGAAACAAAUUCAGAUCACUUCAAUGAUCAUACUACAUUUGACGAUGUAUCACAAGUGUCGAGUCCAUCGUUAUUUAAUGAUAUUUUUGCAAUAAGUACUGAAAAAAAUCAUUAUAUUCAUUCACACGAGCCCAUUGACUGUACAUGUAAAGAUAUAUCGAGGCAAGUCGUUAUAUUUAAUAACAACUUUUCUCGGUUGACAUGUACCCUGAUCACAAACCGUAGUCCCAUGACGUUUAACUAG